AUGUUCAAGUUGCGCGUGUUGCGUCUGAGGAGGACGUUCGCGACGAUGACCCGGACACCUCCACGCAAUCCCCUGGUCGCCGUCAUUGGCGCAACGGGCACUGGCAAGUCUGAACUGGCGGUUGAGAUUGCGAAACGAUACAAUGGCGAGAUCAUCAACGGAGACGCGAUGCAGCUCUAUGCAGGUCUGCCCAUCAUCACGAACAAGAUCACACCGGAGGAACAGCAAGGCAUAGCACACCACCUACUCGGACGGAUAGGACUUCAAGAGCAGACAUGGGUUGUGAGCACAUUCGUACGUGAAGCACUGAAGACUAUCGAGGAGAUCAGGUCAAGAGGCCGAUUGCCCAUUCUAGUUGGAGGCACGCACUAUUACACCCAGAGUCUGCUGUUCCACGAUCGGUUAGCGGAAGGAGACACUGAGGAGAAGGCUGAAUUCGUAGCCAAUACGUCAGAGAAGUGGCCCAUCUUGCAGGAGUCGACCGAUGUCCUGCUUCAGGAGCUGAAGAAAGUUGACCCGGUCAUGGCAGAUCGAUGGCAUCCGAAUGAUAGGCGUAAGAUCCAGAGGAGCCUCGAGAUAUAUCUGCAGACAGGAAGACCGGCAUCGGGCAUUUACGCUGAUCAACGUGCCGCCAAAGAGGUCCAAGACAGUAGUACAGCACAAGGGAGUGGCAUGCGCUUCCCGACACUGGUACUAUGGGUGCAUGCCGAAACAGACACCUUACGCUCGCGGCUUAACAAGCGUGUAGAUAAGAUGCUCGAGCGAGGACUAUUGCACGAGGUCGCGACAUUGAGCAAAGGCGCCGCUGAACAUGCUGCGGCUGACAUCCCUAUCGACGAAUCGCGUGGCAUCUGGGUCAGCAUCGGCUACAAAGAGUUCAAAGACUUCAGUCGUGCACAGGCAGAUCCUUCUGUUGACGCAGCAAAGCUCGAGAAGAUGAAAGCCGAAGGUGUCGAAAGAACACAAAUUGCCACACGCCAGUAUGCCAAGCGACAGGUCCGAUGGAUCCGCAUCAAGCUUGUCAAUGCCCUCGCGGAAUCUAGGUCGAGCGAGAGCCUGUAUCUUCUGGACGGUACCGAUGUCAGCCGCUUCGACGACGAUGUUAUCGAGCCUGCGGUCAAACUGGCUGGGCAGUUUCUGAGAGGCGAAGAACUGCCCCAACCUGCAUCGAUGUCGGCAGCAGCUAAGGAGUUGCUUCAGCCUACUCGCGAUUACGAUCUUGCUCCGAAGCCGGAGAAGUGGGCAAAGCAGUAUUGUCUCGCCUGCGAUGUUACUUGUGUCACACCCGAGCAAUGGCAAAUGCAUACCAAGAGCAAAGCGCAUAAGAAGUUGACCGCAAAGCUCCGACAAGCUGAACAUCAACCAGGGCGCCAGAAUGACUGA